AUGUGUGCGAUGCGGGAGAGGCCGAAUCGAGUGUUCCGAAUGCGCGCGUAUCCUAGAUGGAUUCUGGGUCACUUAAGCAAACGUCGAGUUUUCGGCAAACUCAUUAUUCUGACAGGUUUAACUUUCAUUGGCGGCUUAAUUUUCACUUCGAUUGCAAAAGAAGGAAAUGAAGGCAAACCGGUCUCGCCCGUUUUCAAAGAAUUCCAUGAUUGUGUUCGUUCAAACUUGGCACAUUUGAAAGGAAAUUAUGACAAGUUUUGGCACUUAUUUACAAUACUGACUAAGGGAUGUGAUGACUUGGAGGUAUAUAAGGCUUUGGAUAUCCGAACAGCUAAAAAUCAAGACGAGAUAAAAUAUGUGGCAAUCCCACACCAGGACGAACAUUUAACAAUGGUCACUCUGGGAAUCGGUCAUGACCAAUACCCCAAUAUUGAAUUCUUUGGCGCCGAUCCGGUAUCUGAUAUCAACAAGGAUCUUUAUGUAAAUAUUUUGGGAGGCAACUAUUUCGAAUACGCGGUCAGUGGGACAAGUGGAAUGCAGAAGUCCAGAGUUUAUGAAAGAGAAGGAUACGAAGAAAAAACCACGAAACACAUAGGAGUACACAACUUCUUCAAAAAUGUUCUUCACAAAGAUCGAAUCGAUAUUCUCUGGAUCGAUAUUGAGCAAAACGAGUAUCCAAUUCUUGAACAACUCCACAGCGAUGGACUGAUCGACAGAGCGGGUGUGAAGAUUUGUCAGAUUAAUGUGGAGCUACACAAGGACCUUUUUGAGCCGAAAUCUGAUUCCGAAAUGAUAAAGUUUCAUGAUUUCGUGUGGAAGCUUCUGGAAGACAAGAAGUACAUCAUGAUGAAGCCGUAUUACGUGAAGGGUCUGAGUUAUAUCAGAACUUUCCUUAUUAAUGUUUCGGAUAAGGAGUGCACUGAUUUUUUUUUGAAAUAA